AUGCGCGGCGAAUUCGAAAAGGAUGCCGGGAAGAUUGCCCAGCGCUACCUCAGAGGAUGGUUCCUUUGCGAUUUUUCGAAUGUCUUGGCCGACUUGUACUUAGACUCCCGGGCCCCCUACGCAGUGGCCGUCCUCUCGGAGGUUGACUUCACCAGCGAUCUCUACAACGUGGUCAUCAUCAAGUUUCUGCUGCGUCUGGCGCGCUUUGCGAAGCUCAAUGGAAUUGCGCAGCCGCUGCGCAGCAGCUACAUGGCCUGCAUCUGGUACAAAGUUGGCGUGGUCUCAGACGAAGGCUGGGUGAGCCAAUUCGAGUUUUCCGAGAAAAACAUUGACUACAGGUAUACCACAGCUUUGCACUGGAUGUUUUGCCAGCUGGGCUUUGGAUCCACUGGCAUUGAAGCGCGCACGACGCUGGAGCGUGUCUUUGGACUCAUUGUUGCGUUCCUGGCGGUGUUGGUCUUCUCCACACUUCUCGGCGUGCUGGCAAUGAUUGGUGACAGCGUGCUCGGGUGUGCUAUUGCCAUCACGAGCCUCACGAACCAGCUGAACAAGGCUUCUGAGGAGCGCAAACACCAGUUUCGCCAGCUGAGGAAGUACUUGAACCAGCAUCACAUCAACGAGGACCUCUCCCUGCGGAUUACUGGCUUCCUACAGGAUGCCUACAGCCUUCGCCAGGCACGGCUGGCGGAUUCCCAGGUUGCACUGCUGGAGCUACUGUCUUUGAAGCUGCGCGGAGAGCUGCAAUAUGCGAUGUACAAGAGAUGCCUUGAG